CGCCGGCCAAUCAGAGAGCAGACAGUGUGCUUUGACCCCGCCCUUCUUCUGCAGUGACUGUUUGACGGUGCCACGGUUAAAUUUUAAUACCGAAAGUGUCCUACGCGGCUGAAAUGGCUGCUGCGGCUCCAGAGGAAACACCCGCACCGAGCGCCGAGAGCGAUGUGCAGCCCGCGGAGACAAACGGAGGCGCGGCUGAGGAGAAAGAAAAGGGCCUCGGCGAGCAGGAAACGGAGGAGCCGCGCAGUAGUGUAGAACCGAAAAUGGAAGAGGCGGACGCGGAGGCCGGCGAGGAGAAGCCCGCCGCGGCGGCGGACAAGGCCGCGAGCGAGGCGGUGACCGACGACGGCGGCGGCGGAGGCGGCGUAACGGUCAACGAGGAGGCGAAAGCCGCUCCUGAGGAAGCGGAGCAAAAGCCGGAGGCACAGCAAAGCCCCGGGGGAGGUAACAGCGAACCUACCACCGGGGAUAACACAAUGAAAGAAGCGAAGGAGGAACCGGGAGAGGACAGCCGGUGUUCGGGGCUAGACUGCGAGAAGAGCAGCAGCAAAACCGUCUGUGAAGAUGGGGAGAAAGCCAGCAGCGGAGGCGGGGAGCUGGGCGACAAGAGGCGGCCGAGUGUGGAGAUCUCCUCCUCGGAUGGUGAACCGCUGAGCCGUAUGGACUCCGAGGACAGUAUCAGCAGUACCCUGAUGGAGAUGGAGAGCACAGUGUCCAGCGGGCGCUCCACCCCUGCCAUGAUGAACGGACAGAGCAGUGCCAGCUCCUCCGGGGCUAAGACAGUAGCUUACUCUUGCUGCUGGGACCUCUGUCCGCAGUGCUUCAACAACAGUCCUGAUCUGGCAGAGCAUAUCAGGGGUAUUCACGUGGAUGGACAGAGAGGAGGGGUGUUUGUAUGUCUAUGGAAGGGUUGUAAGGUGUAUAACACACCCUCCACCAGUCAAAGCUGGCUCCAGAGACACAUGUUGACCCACAGCGGAGAUAAACCCUUUAAGUGUGUAGUCGGCGGCUGCAACGCAAGCUUCGCUUCUCAAGGAGGGUUAGCUCGUCAUGUCCCCAGCCACUUCAGCCAGCAGAGCUCCUCCAAACUGUCCAGCCAGGCCAAACUAAAAGAGGAAUCACCUUCCAAAGCCGGACUCAACAAGAGGAAGAAACUCAAGAACAAACGCAGGUGCUCCCUACUCUGUUCUCCUACCCCUCCAGCGAGGCCCCACGACUUCUUCGAUGCUCAAACCAUGGAUGCCAUUCGCCACAGGGCCAUCUGUCUGAACCUCAGCACCCACAUCGAAAGUGUGGGCAACGGCCACAGUGUGGUCUUUCACAGCACGGUGCUAGCCAGAAGGAAAGAGGGGACUGGCAAGGUGAAGGUCCUCCUACAUUGGACACCUGAAGACAUACUACCUGAUGUGUGGGUGAACGAAACGGAGCGAUCGCAGCUGAAGACUAAAGUGGUGCACUUGUCGCAAUUACCACAGGACACAGCCAUGCUGCUAGACCCAAAUAUCUACAGAGCACUUCCACAAAAGCGUCUAAAGCGCAGCAACACAAAGACAGAGGGACGUGCCAGAAAAGAAGAGGCAAGGAGAGGAGAAAGAGGCUGCCAUUGGAGAACACUUAUUCCCUUUUUCCCUCUCAAAUAGAGACCUUUCUUAAAUGGUGCCACAGACAUCAGAUUUUAGAAGAAGGCUCCCGCAAUAGCUCAAAGACCGGCGCAUACGUAUGCGUAUAUCAUCUAUAGCUGUCUGUCUGCUCGGUUCUUUGAAAAUGAAAUGGAGACAUGCGACGGGAAUCUGCUGGUUUAGUGGAUAGCUGUGGUGGUGCCAUGGAGAAAGAGAGUCUGCCCUUUACACAACCGCUGGGACUGGGUGACUGACAUUUCUGCUAAUGCCAUCACAUGAACCGUGCCAUUUCAAUGAAGACAUGGACAGAUGCCACCCUGUGCUCACACCACUGUGACCACACAGGAAACUCCAUGUCUCUCUGUGUUUUCAAGUGAAGGCCUGCGGAGGUAAAUUCUUACAGCCAUCUAUGGAAGCAAGCUGCCCCCUUAAACGUCAUAUGUUGAAUUCUUCAACUGAUCAAUCAGUGCAGGUGACAGCACAGAGGAAAUGCGGGCGAGUACAGUAUAUUGUAUGCUUGGACAUUGCGCGGCCCAACCAAACACCACAUGGUGAAGCUUUUAUAUGUUGCAUUUUACAGCUUCGAAUGAAUCUCAGCAAGCACGGCAAGUUGCGUGUCUGAAUGUCAUUUGCAGCUGACAUUUUGCAAUGUGUUGACCUCAGUUGAAUCCGAGUCGUUAACAAUACAUGGUCCACUUUGACAGCGCUCCGUGCAGUCUGAGGGGAUUAGGAGCUCGCAGAGCUCAAGGACUCUCUCUCUGCUUUCUGAUAAACUGUCCACUUCCUCCUCUACUUUGUGUCUUUUGGGGGAAGGAAGGUGUUAGUUGGAUACAGAGCAGGCGAGUACGCAAGCAGUGUAGCGAGGGGAGCCGAGAGUUUCAGCUGAGUCCAGCGUUUUUCUCUCCGUUCCCUGAUGGCUCCCAGAUGUUUUUUAAAGCAGCCACUCUCUCUGUAUUUGCUCUCUUUCUAUAUCCCCCCCCCUCCCUCUGUCUCUCUCUCCUUUCACAUAUUCUGCCCCUCUCCCUCUGCUUGUCCUUCCAAUUUUCCCUCUCUUCAGGGAUCACACCCUUCACAAAAGUGCUCGCUUCACCUUGUCUGAUCGUAAUCACCCCUUGUCAAAUAAACAGCCGUUCUCCACACUUGUUCUCUUUAUUUCUCUUUCGCGUCUCCCUCCUCUGCCUACGCUCUCUUUGCUUCUUUCUCUCUCUCACUCAUCAUUCGUCUUGUCUAAAGUAUAGGGAAAUGGCAUUCUGUUUCUCUUACAAUACACCGGACUGUGUUGUGUUUUUGCAGUGUAACCACAGACCAACUGGCUUCACCAGCAAAUGCAUUGCCCAUGUAAAAUUCAUGUGCUUCUAAUGCAUUCAUCUGCUCGUUCACUAGUAGUCCAAA